CCAUAUGUUACAGGCCGACUCGGAAGAGAUCUACCAAGCAUGGGUGACCGCUCUACAGCGAGGCAUAGGAGCUGCCAUACAGCAAACGCCCUGUACGGCUGAAGAAAGGCGGGGAAGGAGAGAUGAAGGACGGGAAGAGGAGGAGGAAGAAGAAGAGGAAGAGUGUGGAGGAGGAGAAGGAGGUGUGGGAGGAGGAGAUAGGGAAGGAGAGUGUAGGAGGAGAAGUGAUGAAGAUGGAUAAUAGGAAUACUACAGGAUCUAACCAAGAUGGAGAUAGGAAGGUUGCUAAGAGGCCAUUGGCUCUAUUACUGAAAAUCCCAGGAAAUAAUAGCUGUUGUGAUUGUGGGGCGAGCGAUCCAAAGUGGGCCAGCAUCAAUCUGGGAAUCACACUCUGCAUAAAAUGUUCGGCCAUCCACCGCAGCCUAGGCGUGCACUAUAGCAAGGUGAGGUCGUUGACCUUAGACAAAUGGGAACCGGAAGUACUGAAAGUAAUGGCGGAACUCGGCAAUCAGAUUGUCAACAAUAUAUAUGAGGCCAACGUUGAGACAACAACCUAACCAGGAUCAACGCUGAGUCUAGUCACGAGCAACGCCUGGCCUACAUCACGGCCAAAUGGAAGGAGCGGCGCUUCGUGAUGAACUCGAAUUCACUGACAGUAGUGGGGGUGGGGGGAGAGAGAGAGAGGGUGGCCAGACCUGUGCGCAAGUGGAGUGUGCGCCGAUUCAGGAGAGGCAGGACUCAGAGCCGGGACAAGGAGGCCCGGAGAAGAGCUAUCACUUGUCAGACCGAAAAGAAAGACACGGAAAAAACUCCAAACAAAUUGUCUCCUACAACAGCCAGCGAAGUGAAUCGAAGCAGAGAAGAAGGAGAAGGAAAGGAGAGAGGAGAAGGAGAAGAAGGUGCUAAGAAAAAUGAAGGAGGAGGAGAAGGAGAAGAGGAGGAGACCAGUCUGCUGUUGAUCGGCGAUAAUUUGACUCAGGAGAGAAGCGGAAGUUUACUGCAGUUAAGCAGUGAAGAUGAUUCGACUGGCGGGGAAGAGGAAGAUGA